CUCAUCUCAACUCUCUCACCUCUUUCCUCCUCCUAACCACCACCUCCCCUUACAACUCACAAAAAGAAACCAAAAUGGGCAUCAUCCGCGGCACCCUCAAACUCACCACCAUCGGCACCGCCGCCACCCUGGGCACCUUCUUCUGGGCCACCCGCGACAGUACCUUCGUCGCGCUGCCAGUCACAGACCACAUCUUCCAGUCGAAGCUGUUCAGCAAGUUUAACCCUUCGAAGAACCCUACGACGCACGAUCUGUGUAUCCGCAAGGUGCCGCUGUCGGAGAUUAACCCCGCGCUGCUGGAGAAGAAGGGGAAGUUGGUGGAGGCGUUUUGUGCGGGUGUUUGGAGUGGAUGGGGAUAUGCUUUCCAGCGCGCAUACCUAGCACGGAAGUACCAAGGUCCCGAGACCGCUAACCACCUCUGGUCGCCGGAAGAGCUGCGCUCCUCGACAUACGACAAGGGAACCCUGAUUACGGACCACUUCGAGGUCGUCGAGAAGACCCCUGAACGGAUUGUAGUGCGCUGCGGUGACUCGCCCCGUCUGCGCGAUAUACGGGAAUCGGACGGUCUCUUUGAGAUGUCCGCGGUUGUGAAGCCGGAUGAGGGCGUCGCGGUGUUUGGGCUGAAGAGUUGCUUCUACAAGGGACUUGGAAAGGCGGACUCGGAGCCCAUGCCCGCGCAUAUUGUCUGGUUGCACAAGCAGUACACCAAGUUGUGGUCGGAGACUGCUACCCGCAAUGUCUUGCGGUGAACUGACGUUUGAGCAUGGAAAUGAAUUUCGUAUAUACCUUGGUCCCACCUGUGAUCUAAUCAAACCAUGACUCGUCCUUUCUGGAUAAAUAUGGACAGCGAAACACACCCAAUCCAAUAUAACCAGAGUAAACAUACCGGACGGUUUUGAAAACAAACGACUGACCAGAUCUCUGCGUUUGAGUUCCUUCAGCAUGCAGUUGGGCUUCAGGCAUACCCACCCAACCCGCUGUUAGAUCACUUGUCUGGGCUCAACCAUCAUGCUCGAGGUAGGCAAGAUUAGUUCAUGAAGCAACAUGAAUCAGCAGAGUGAAUAUUCAUUCCCAAAGCCCGUCGCUUAAAAGAGCUUCGCUCGGCAAUAAGCCAAUUUCCCAUACAAAAACCACAAAUCCCUAUGUCAAUUAUUCCACAACAGAAGAAGAUAUGGACGUUAAUAUAUCAUACAAUUGAAAUAUGAAGUCC